AUGGAGGUGCCCAAUGCCAAGCUCCAGCGGGCUGCCUUCCUCUUGCUCCUGCUCCUGCUCUGCUCCCUGGCUGCUGCCCGGCAGAGUCUGCCUGAGUGCUGCCAGCAGAAGACCUGCUCCUGCCCCAUCUAUGACCACCUGCAUGGCAUGGGCAACCAUGCUGCUGGCAUCCUCACGCUGGGCAAGAGGAAGAGCAUCCUGCCAGCCUUUCAGAGCCGUCUCUACCGCCUGCUGCAUGGCUCUGGAAACCACGCUGCAGGCAUCCUCACCAUGGGCAAGCGUGGAGACCACCCUGGCACCACCUGCCACAAUGCAUCGGGCUGCCCCAUGGGUGUGGACGCCCAGCCAACACCAGUACUGCGGGGCGCAGAUGCCAGCUCUGCCAGCCCCAAGGAGUGCCAGGGACACUUGGGGAAGGAUCUGACCAAGAGUCAGGCUCAGGGAGCUAUGAAGAACUUUUACUGA